AUGGCUUCUCCUCAAUCUCCAAGCCCCGCGAAAUGGGCGAACCGCGCGGGCCGAGAAUUCGACAUCGUUGUGUUCGGCGCGUCGGGAUUCACGGGACGGUUCGUUCUCAUAGAGGCGAUGCGAGUGGCUCGCUCGAUAGUCUCUGGCACUCCGCUGCCCCCCCACGCGCCUCUCCGCGUGGCGGCCGCGGGGCGCAGCCGCGCGCGGGUGGAGCAGGCGGUGGCGGCGGCGGAGGCGAGUGUGCGCAAGGAGGCGGGCGGAGAUCGCAGAUCCGCGGGAUCCGCGGGAUCUGCGGGAGCGGCGGAGCAGGGGGAAGCAGGCCCAGUGGGGGUAGCGAUCGUAGUCGCGGACGUGUGCGAUUCCGCGUCGCUGAGCGCGAUGGCGCGGCGCUGCUGCGUGCUGAUCAACUGCGUGGGGCCGUUCCGCUUCUACGGCGCGCCGGUGGUGGAGGCGUGCGUGGCGGCCGGCACGGACUACGUGGACGUGUGCGGGGAGCCGGAGUUCAUGGAGCGCAUGGCGUUCGCGCACCACGCCGCGGCGGUCAAGGCGGGCUGCCUCGUCGUGUCCGCGUGCGGGUUCGACUCCGUGCCCGCGGAUCUCGGCGCGCAGUACACGCUGCGCCAGCUGCCCCCAGAGCGAGCAGCAGCAGUGGCAGUGGACUCGUACCUGUCCGUGUCAGCGCCCAGGGGCCUGGCAGGCCACUACGCCACGUGGGAGUCCCUCGUGCAUGGCCUUGCUUCUGCUGGGGAGCUCCGGGCUAUCCGGAGGGAAGCAGCCAAGUCAGCAGCAGGGGGCACAAGAAAACCUUCCUCUAGCAGCAGCAGCAGCAGCAGCAGCAAGGGCAAGCUACCAUCGUUGCUGCGAGCGCCAGCAGAGCCAGAGGGGGGCGAGAAGGGCAUAUGGCCGCUGGUGCGGCGGUGGGUGCUGCCGGUGUGGCCGCGGUGGGUGGGCGGGCAGGUGAACGCGUGGGUGCUGCCGUUUAUGGGAGCCGAUGCCUCUGUUGUGCGCCGCUCCCUUGCUGCUUUCCAAGCCGCUGCUGCUGCACAGGCUGCAGCAGGAGCAGGAGCAGGAGCUGGAGGGCAGGGAGAUGUGGGAGCACCGGCGGGAGGAGAGGACGCGAGUGGAGGUCAAGGGGAGACUGACGCUCUGCUUGCGUCGCCGUCGUCACCACCGCCGUCUUCGGCUUCAGCAGCAGCAGCAGGAGGAGCAGGAGCAGGAGGAGCAGCAGCGUCAGGAGCAGCAGUGAGCAUAGUGCAAGGCACGGGGUUAGAGGCCCUCCCAGUGCCAAGCAACGCAGCAGCCAUGGUGCAUUACUCGGCUUACUUCACCGUGUCCUCCUCCUUCCACGUCUGCCUCUUCCUCGCCUUUGGCGCACUGCUCAAGGCCCUCACGGCCAUGCCGUUUGGCAUCAAGCUGCUGCUUAAGUACCCCAGCGUCUUCUCCUUUGGCGUCUUCUCACAUCAAGGUCCAUCGCCAGAGCAGCUGGCGUGCACGCGGUUCCGCAUGCUGUUUGAGGCACGAGGGUUUUCCCAAGACACACUCAAUGCGUUUCAAGGGGGCGAGCAGCAGCGCGGCGAGCGUGGGAAGGGCAAGGGCAAGCGCAUUCGGCCCAUACCGGACUGUCAUGUGUCGACCGUCGUCAGUGGGCCUGAGAUGGGUUACGUGGUAACCCCACGCAUAGCAGUGCAGAGCGCCGUGUUUCUCCUGACCCGGUCGCCCGCAACCCUGCCCACAGGGGGGGUGCUGCCCCCUGCUGCCGCAUUCCAUGGGGGGGACCGCCUGUGGCCGGGCCUUGCUGCCAGGGGGCUGCUGUUUGAAACUCUCCGCUCGUCUGGUGUGUGA